GCGAGGCGUUAUGAUAGUCGUACGACUAUUUUUUCUCCAGAGGGCCGUCUUUACCAGGUCGAGUAUGCAAUGGAAGCAAUUAGCCAUGCUGGAACGUGUUUGGGUAUUCUUUCAACAGAUGGUAUUCUGAUAGCAGCAGAGAAGAGGAAUGUGCAUAAGCUUCUCGAUGAUACAGUUCUUGCCGAAAAAAUUUAUCGACUCUCCGAAAACAUCACAUGUACGGUAGCUGGUAUCACUGCUGAUGCCAACAUUCUGAUCAACCACUUGAGAUGGUGGGCUGCUCAGUAUAAAUUAUCUUAUGGAGAAGAGAUGCCAGUGGAGCAACUGGUCCAAAAUCUUUGCAAUGAGAAACAGCGAUAUACUCAAAUCGGAGGAAAACGACCUUUUGGUGUGUCGCUACUUUAUAUGGGAUGGGAUAAACACUACGGAUAUCAACUCUACCAGUCAGAUCCUUCUGGAAAUUACACGGGUUGGAAGGCGACUUGCAUCGGCAACAAUCACCAGGCCGCUAUGUCUUUAUUGAAGCAAGAAUACAAGAGCCCAACACUUGCGGAAGCCAAAAAGUUAGCAGUCAAGGUCCUGUGGAAAACCCUGGACGUCAAAUUGACGAAUGAGAAAGUAGAAAUGGCUGUUUUGACUCGUCGCGAUGGAAAGACGGUAGUUGAAGAAUUGACCGCCUCAGAGGUUUGUACAUUUGUCCUCGAUCCCUUUACUUUACCGACGGAACACGAAGAGAAAGAAAAAGAAGCCGAGGCGAAAUGA